CAAACACCAAUACAGGUCACCCCCCCCCCUUCUCUCUCUCUCCAAGUCUCCAUCUCUGAGAGAAUGAAGAAGCAUUUCGUUCUGAUACAUGGCUUGUGCCAUGGAGCUUGGUGCUGGUAUAAGGUUAAACCUAUGCUGGAGGCCGAGGGUCAUCGGGUGACGGCCCUCGACCUUUCGGCAUCAGGCAUAAACACGAAGAAAAUCGAGGAGAUUCAAACAAUGGCAGAGUACUCGGAGCCAUUAACAGAUUUGAUGAAGUCGAUCCCACCGGAAGAAAAAGUGAUACUGGUAGGACACAGCUUGGGUGGACUUAGUCUUGGUGUUGCUAUGGAGGAAUUCCCACACAAAAUAUCAACAGCCAUCUUCGUCACAGCUUUCAUGCCGGAUAGCUCGCACCCACCCUCUUAUGUGUUGGAUCAGCUUUUUGAGAAAAUUCCAGCAGAGGCGUGGCUAGAUACUCAAUUUUCAUCGUCAGAUAACUCUGGCAAGCCUGCACCAUCCGUAUUAAUUGGCCCCAAGGACUUGUCCAGGUUUUAUCAUCUAUGCUCCCCACAGGAUUUUAGCCUGGGAAUGAUGCUGAUGAGAAGGGGUUCCGUGUUCCUAGAAGAUUUAUCAAAGGCCAAGGCGUUUUCAAAUGAGAGAUAUGGUUCCGUUAAGCGCAUUUACAUUGUCAUCAAAGAGGAUCAAAUAAUUACUGAAAAAUUUCAACGUUGGAUGAUCGAGAAUAAUCCUGUGCAACAGGUGAAGGAGAUUGAUGGUGCAGAUCAUAUGGCCAUGUUCUCAAACCCGGAGGAUUUGUGUCGCUGUCUCUUGGAGAUUGCUAAUGAUGCAUCUCCUUGACUAAAAUCUUGUAUUUUUUUAUGCAUUAAUUUAUACUUUAUUUGCAUACUUUCUAAACUGAGCCUCAAUGAAUGAUACUGAAGAUAGAGUUGGUUCUGCUAAUAA